GGAAUCGACUUGUUGGUGGAGAGAAGUUAUGGAGAGAUUCCCCCGUUUUGGGGAAGAUCUAUCGUCUUCAUCAGACUUUUAUCUUGGUGUUGACAGUUCAUCAGAAGAUGAAGGAGGAAACAGUUCAGGAGAUGAGAUUGAUCAAGAUUUUGCUCAUUAUGAGAGGAAAUAUGGAGGAAGUGACAGCGACAGUUUUGAGAAAGAGAUGGAACAGGAAUUAAAUGAAGAAUUUGCAAAAUACAGUAAACAACUCUUUGACGACCGUUCUAGAGCUGCAGAAAAGCCAGCGGAUAAAGCUGAGGAUGGAAAAAAAGACACAACAGGACAAAGCAGUUCCAUGGAAAUGGGUGAUAAUACCGAAGAUAAAGAAGAAAAAAAGAGUGUGACUUAUGAUGAGAUAUAUUUUAGUUCAGGCAGUGAGGAUGAUGAAGAUAAUGUCGGAGGAUUAUCUUCAAAAUCAAAGGAACGAAGGAUGAUGAAAUCUGACGAUGAACUUUUGUAUGAUCCAAACAUGGACAGUGAAGAUGAGAAAUGGGUGAAACAACAAAGACGGGAAUACCAGCAAGUUGUAGAGCCAAAAUGUGGAGAGGAGAUUGAUGGAAACAAGGAUGAUUUCGAACCAAAUAAAAAACCCAAAAAGAAAUCUUCAAAAAAUAAUUUCACAAGUGAUGCCAUGUUGGCAUGUCCAGCAUGUUUGACCACACUCUGUGUUGAUUGUCAGAGGCAUGACAUAUAUAAACAACAGUUUCGAGCAAUGUUUGUAAUGAACUGCAAAGUGGUAGCUGAUGAAACAUUGCGUUAUGAAGAUAAAAAACAGAAAAAAAAAUCAUCAAAGAAAAACAAACAACCAGAUGCUGGUGUUUCAUUGGAGAAAGAGUCAGAACUCUACAACCCAGUUCAGUGCACUUCUUGUAAUACUGAAGUGGCAGUUUUUGAUAAAGAUGAAGUUUAUCAUUUCUUUAAUGUAGUUGAAAGUUUGCCAUAAAUUUUGUAAAUAUUGCUU